AUGUGUGAACAUUUUUCAAGUAAUCAAAUUUUUUCAACAUCAAAUUCUUCAUGUUUGGAUGCAGUUGCUCUUUAUGGACAUAGUCCAACUGCUUAUAAUUUAGCAAAUCUUUUUUCAUCUGUUGGUCUUCAUGUAUAUCUAUUAUCAUCAAAUACUAAUGAAACAUGUUUAUCAUCAAGUAAUUUUACUUUAAUUAAAAAUAAACAUGAUUUACCAUAUUUAUCAUCUGUAUUAAUAAAUUGUCAAAAUGAUUUAAUAUCAAUAAAAAAUUUAAUAAAUUCAUUUCCAGAUGAAUAUAAACAACGUAUGGCUUAUGUUGAAUGUUCAUCGUAUAUGGGACAUAAUCAAAUUGAAUUAAUUUAUGAAGAAAUUAAAUUUCGAUAUUAUCUUUGUAUGAAUUUAAUUGAAUUAGAAACAAGUACAAUGAUUCAACAACAUUUUCAUCUUAUUUGUAGUGGAGAUAAUAUUGUUUUUCAAACUUUACUUUUACAAACAAAUAUACCAGCUAAAAUAACGUUUUUAAAUCAAACCAAAACUCCUUUUGAUUCGUUUUAUAUUUGUUUAUUACAUCGAUAUUCACAAGCAAUGCAUUUAGCUAUUUAUGCUGAAAUGAUGGCCAUUUUAAAAGCUGCUAAUAAUAUAUAUCCAGGUAAUCUUCAAUUUUUAUUUGAUUGGUCUUAUAUAAAGCGACCAAUAAUGCGUCAAAUAAUUCUUCAAUCAUUAUCAUCAUCAUUUACAUUUACAACAAUAAAUGAUUAUCAAUUACUUCUUGAAUGUAUUAUUGAUUAUUUUUAUAAAAAAAAUUUAAAUGAAAAUGAUAAUAAUCAUUUAAAAGUUAUAACAUACAAACUUCAUAAAUUUAUUUCCAAUUUAGAUAGCAAACAAAAACAAAAACCAUUAUUUGAAUUAUUUACAUUAUAUUAG